AUGAAAAGAUACCAACAACACACCCACGCAAGCUGGCACCGCGCCUACGGCGAUACAGUCGAGUGUCCUUGGUGCCCAGAAGGCGCUCACCGGCCCGAAACCCCUCUCCGACCCCAGAGCCAAACCCACCGCAAGAACACCAGCUCGCGCACCGAGUCCAGGAGCACACAUAGGACAAACGCUACCGCGACGCCGGUCGGGCAUCGCAACGAGCAGGGAUCGCGUUUUGAGCACCGGGCUGGAAAAGACUCGAAAGCUGGAACAACCCCGAUCGAGUCAAGGACGCCGGAUAGGACUCGGGCGGGUGGUGAUGGAGGCACACCGGGACAGGAGAGUGUUGAUGAGAACUAUGAUAUGCGGCACUUGGGACGCACUGCUGGGCAGGAUGGAUUGAAUAGUGCUCAUGCGUCACGCCCGCCGCUGCCUGAGGCGUGGACAAGGGAGAGUGAGGAACCGGAGCAUGGCUCCAUGGCAUGGAGCGGAUCGAGUGCGGAAACAGGACACACUGGGCUAGAUACGCCUGGCGAUAUUCAAGUACCUGGUGACGACAAGAUUGGCUCGUCGGAGUUGAAUGUGAGGGAGCUGGAGGAAUCGCAGGAACGAGCGGAUUAA